AGUACUGGUUUCCCGCGUCUCCUUCACCUUAGAUUAUGGCCUAUUUAUAAUUUAUUGCAAUUUGUUUUUUCCCCUUUUUUCAGUAUGGGGAAAAUUAACUAUUGAUUACUGUGUAUGAAUCACAGCAAAUACAGUAGAGACUAUGUAUGAGGUGUACAAUAUUUGGAAACAAAAACAAUGCUCGUCAUGCAGUGCUUGCAAUUGAAAUAUAUAAUAAAUCUAAUUCAAAUACUACUUAAUAGUUACAGUAAUACUUCGAGAUGAAAAUCUCAAUCGUUUUUAUCUUAAUAAACGUCAUACUUUCAUCCUGGUGUCAAAAUGAAGUAGUGUUUCACUGCUCUCCCAAAUCUGGCUGCCAGAUGGCACAAUGUGAUCCUGUUGCCGUAGGAUGGGACAGGCCAGGUUACAACAUUGAUGAACAUCUGCAUGAUAAAGAAUUCCCGAUUACAUGUAAAUCAAAGGGCUCCGCGAACCUUUUCAAUCUUUCUACUAUAGUGUCCAGUAACAUAUUAGAUAUUGGACUGAUCAGAUCAGAAUUAAAGGAACUGGAAGGGAAAAUCGAUAAAAACGUUGGGAAUGUUGAAAAAAAAGAUUCGGAAAAUUGUGAGACGUGCGUCAAGAAGAAGAAUCAAUCUUCCGAAUACAUCGAUCUUCGUGACAAGGUUGUUCUGCAAUCUAAACAAAUUACUGAUUUAAUGACAAACUAUGCAAUUCGAUCUGUUGCAAUGAAACAACUUGAGAGGAGAGCUGCUCGACAAUCUGUCGUUAUCGAAGAGUUGAAGACAGAUUUGGGUAAAGUUCAAGAAAUGAGUAAUAAGUUGAUGGAAGACAACAAUAAGAUGAACAAAGCGAUAUCACGGAUUGAACAAAAACUUGCUGAAGAGAAUUCUCCACAGCUUCAAAUUACCGAACCAACAACAACAAUUCAAACAACAGUAAAACCAACUUCACUAUUAGACUGCAAAUUAAAAAUUGGAAAUAUCUGCUACUUUGCUGUGGUAAAUUUACUUCAAAAUGUCAGCUACAAUGAAGCUGCUGAAACUUGUGAGAGACGCAAGGCAGAUGUUGUUCUGUUUCGAGAUGAAAAAUCUUACAAUGCUGUUGUGAAUUACACGAGGAAUACUCUGGGAGGACGAACUAUGACUUCUAUAUGGACAGGAAUUCACAUUGAUCCAAUGACUCAUGACGUUGCACCUGCAGAAUCCUUUGUUAAAUGGCGUCCAGGAUUUCCAUUCACAGGAAGAGUUUUUAAAAAUCGUACAAAUGUUUAUCUUGAUGUUUAUUCGAACCCGAAUCGUUUCCAAGGGAUGGUGAAUGUUCACCCUACAUGGAAGCUUUUCGGAGUUAUCUGUGAGAUCCUAGUAUAAUAAUACGUCAGCCUGGUUGCAUUUUAUUUCACUGGAUCUAUCAUAAGUACAAUUAAAAUCAUCGAUUCUCAAUUUAAAAUUUGUUGUUUUGGUUUUGAUUUGGAAAAUAAAUAUUGCAACAAUA